CGCAGGUGGGGGAGGAGAAAAGUGAGCGGCCAGGUGAGGCUACUGUACUCACAGGGACAAAGGUAACAGCAACACAGGGCGGCUGUGGGAGGUAGAAGUUUUAACUUUUAUUCGCUUAAAUCCCACGGUUUGAAUCAUGGUUUUGACGCAAGAAUCGGUCCUUUCUCUGCUGAUAGCGGAGGGGGGUAGAGUGAAGAAAUCCGACUUGGUGAGUAAGUUCAAAGACUCCAUACACUGCGAAGAUCCCGCAGAGAAAGAACAGAACAGGGAGCUUUUCAAGACUUUCGUUAACAAUGUCGCUUUCGUCAAAGAAAUCGAAGGUGUCCGGUACGUUGUCGUAAAGAAAAUGUAUCAGCACUUGCUGGACGGUGCCCAGACUGAACAGAUCCGUGUGGAGAACACUGAAAAUAAAGAUAUCCCGCCGACAGGUGAGCAGCAGCGCCCACCUGUGCAGGGUGAGGAGACUGGAGGCUCUGAGGAGGCAGCAGGAGGGGAGAGAGCCGCUUUUUCCAAGCCUGAUCAAGAGGAUAAAAGUGAAAUAAGUGACAACCCUACUGAAAUACUUUCUGAUAUUCAGCUGCUGUUGCAAAGAAGCAAAUUUGCAAGUGUUAGAGUUAAAAGAAUGCUCAAUGUUGAGAUCCAGAGGCAGGAAACAAAUGAAGAUUCAGUAGGAAGCAGGGUAAAUGAGCCCACGAGGAUCCAGAGCAAACCAUAUGCCUUACCUCUGAGGAUGCCCCCCAGCACUACAAGGGUAGAGAUCCGCAAACUAAAAUUGGAGCCAGAUGAUCCUCCUAAAAGCCCAAAACUGGACUCCUUCAGGAACAAGAGAAGUUCAGCGGAGACGGACAGUAGCAUUAACUCGCCCCAGCUGAGGAGGUCAGUGAAGAGCACCAAGGCGUCAGAGGAUCAGCAGACAAGGGGCCCCUCUCUGUUUCCCUUGGAGCAGGCUGAGCACGAAUGGCUGGUCAAGUGUGCCGCUGGCCAAUGGAGCCAAGUUUACGGCCUGCUGCUGAGAGACAACCAUCUGGCCGAGAAGAGGGACUUCAUGUCAGGGUUCACCGCUCUGCACUGGGCAGCCAAAUGUGGGAACAGUGAAAUGCUUGUGAAGAUUAUAGACAUAUCCAGGCAAGGAGGAGUGGACAUUGACAUUAAUGCAAAAACACACGGCGGUUACACUCCUUUGCACAUUGCCGCUUUGCAUGAUCAGGAGUACAUCAUGGCCAUGCUGGUGGGGGAGCACAGGGCCGAUCCAACAAUUAGGGACAACUAUGGAAAGAAGGCCUACCACUAUCUGCAUAAAGGCAUUUCUGGGACUGUGAGAGAGAUGAUGGGUGAACCCAAAGUUCAACAGGCCCAGGACAGAGUGCAGAAUGAGAAAGAAGAGCUGGAUCUGUUCCCGGAUCUCUCAAAGGGCCUGCAUUCAAUAAGCCGUCUCUUCAAUCCCAAUGUUAUAGGUACCAAGAAGAAGCACAAGCAGAGGCCAGGAUUUUACUCCCUGAGCGAUGACCCCAUUGAGGAACGAGAAGAUAGCAGCGUUACACAGAGAGUCAUAUCAGAUGCUUUCAUGUAAACAAUGUCUAGUUUUCAUGUGGAUUUAGAGCCACAAAUCAGAUGCUUGACGGACAUUCAUCUGAUUUUCAGGCUUUCUUCAACAAUGACAAAAAGUCAAAAAGGUUUGAUGCUUUAUUCAUACUUUUUGACAUUGUCAGAUGGCAAAAAUAUGACAAUCUUAUAUGCAUGGUUUACUGAUUCUGACUGAGACAGAGUUUUGGUCAGAGAUGAUACGUUUCUGAGUUUUAUCUAGAGGUAGAGUUUAUAGGUGUGAACAAAACAUGAUUCAGAGUUGUCUUACUAAUCACUGUCUGUGGUCCCUCAAAGGUGGAAUCUUAAUCUUCAGACAUUACAACUGAGCUAAACACUGAUGAUUUUUAUGUUUAAUUACUGAUUAGGAUUUCUUGCUUGUUUAAAUGUCAAAAGUCAAAUUUGUCUACUCUUCUCUGCAUUUCAGAAAAAAACUGCAUCUAUUUUUCACUGUUAAGUACAUAGACCCAUCUGUUGUGUUUGUAAUUCAACUGGGCUGCAUUUCAUGAUACAUCAAUCAGACGGUACACUUAUUUGAGCAAAGUUUGAAUGCAUUCAUUUUGAAAUGACAGUUUAAUAUUAACAGGAAAUCUAUCUAUGACAAAUAAAUUCUGUUACUGAGGUAGCAGACAGAUCUCGACAAGACUUGUGUGUUUUCCCCUCUGACUUGCUGAUAUGCACUUAUGUAAUGAAGCAGUCAUCCUUUUUGAUUUCCACAGGCAAACAUGCCUAGACUAAUCUGAAGAUACGCCUACGUAUGAGUGAAUAAAACAUUUAGAAGCAACUAAAUAAAUAAAGAAGAAAUGGGUGCUUCUGAGGAGAAUUUAAGGGACUUGCUUCCUCUUCGCUUCAGUUUAUUCAAGAUUAAUUAUUAAACACUGCUCAGCAUUUCAGAGAAGCACACAUCUCACUGCACUUCCCUGGAAGAAAACAAAAACUGGAUAUUCAUGGAUUGCAAAAUAUUUGACAAGCAAAGGCAAAGCACGUGUUCAUUAAGAGGUUUGCAGGUGCUUCAUAAAUCAUUACAGUCAGUGUACGUGCCAAAACUUCUCUGAAAUGUGGCCUGGAUCCAUCUUCCAGACUUGUGAGACAGCUGUGAUUCAGCCACAUGAGCAGCUGACUGGGAAUGAGUGUGUUUGCAUGUGGGUGGCUGAAAGUGUAUGUUAAUGCUGCCUGGUUUCCUGUCUGUCAUGGCUUUUGGUCCUGGUUGAAAAAAAGAAUAAAAGUAAGGUUUUGAAUCUGUAUAAAAAUGUAAUGGUUAGUUUCGGAAAUCAUGGCUAAAGUAAAAUAAUUGUUGUUACAAAAUGCUCUGUGGUCAGGCUUUCCUCAGAAUGUGUCAUGUCCCCGCCUCGAGUUGUCUCCCUCUUUCACGUCACAUGAUGUCACUUCCCUAGCAGCGUACAUUGUCUCAUGUCAAGACGAUGUUGCAUCUCCAUGUCUCAUGGAUUUAGUAAGCAAAUGUUCCUUGUCACUGCUGCUGCUGCUGCGAGGAGAAAUGCCAACAAGGUCAAGAACAAGACCCAGAGCGGUAGAGAAAGAAUGAAUAUCCUUUAGAAGCAGAAAUACCAUCAUUUAAAAUGUGUUUCUACAGGAAAUUGUUUGUGCAAUAAAAGCUUUGUUAAGUACGGAAAAUAAAGUAAAUGUGAGUGUUUAACUUAAA